UAAAUAAAGCGUAUUAAUUUUAUUAAAUCAUGACUUAAUACUCAAUUAUAAAUUGUUAAAAUGAAAUAAUUCACGUAGAAAAUCAACUAGAAGUAACAUAUUUUGUUUUAAUUAAUGACAUUAUGGAUGGUUUAAUUCACGCGGCAUUGGAAGCAGAGGUAAUACUUAAUCGUGCCAAACAUGUGAAUUCAAACAUAACGCAUUUUGACAGUGGUGUCUCAGACCAUAAAAUGACUUGGACCCAUGAAAAAAUGCAUUUAGCAGAAACUGUUGAUGAUACCAGAAUGAAAUUUCAACGAAGUGGAGCUAGUUCAACUACUAAAUCGAGCGAAAAGUUUGAUUUAUUAAAGAAGUUACAUGAACUUUACAAUGAUUUAAGUAGGGAUGAAUUAUCUCAAGCGAGCUAUCAAGGACUCAAAACAACUUCAUAUUUGCUGGAAAAGCUCUUAGCUACAUAUAAUCUAAACACAUUAAUUAUCAACUUGUAUCCUGGAAAUAAAGGCUACUCACUUUCUCUUAAAGUUAACGGAAAUACACAGCUAUUAACACCACCACCAGAUGGAAGUACAUCUGCAAAUCAAGAUGAAACUUUGAUAGAAACUCCUAGAUGGCCAUAUGAAGAGGAAGAACUUCUAAGUUACAUAGACAAUGAAGAACUUCCAGUGGUGCUAUUAGAUCUACUGGAAUCUGAACAUUCAUGUUUAUUUUAUUCUGGCUGCAUUAUUGCUCAAGUCAGAGAUUAUAGACAAGCAUAUCCUAGUUUCAUGUGUGAUACACAUCAUGUUCUUUUGAGACCUACAAAUCAGAGCAUAAUAACGGACGCAAUGUGCAUUGGAAGUAGAUGUGGAUGGGUCGGUGAAGAGCGUAGUGCAAUAGAGGCAGUGGAGGCCGCUUUGGUUCACGCUUCGGCGCCACCACUAUGCCUAGAGCCAAGGCCGGCUGUUGGGUUACUAGCUGCUAAGUUACAUGCUGCUCCAAGAUUAUUCAAUACGCCAAGAGUAAGGCGGCAAGCGAGGCGGUUUUCUCAGGUCGCUGUAAAUAGGAAGAGGAAAUUGGACCAGUUCACACACUAUCAUGGUUUGGAACUUCUGGAACUCAUACAUAGACAAAGGGCGAAGAAUAGUAGACAGUCUGUUCCCCAUACAAGGCUCACUUCUAAAUUUCCUAAGAAGCCACCCGAGGUGUUCAAACCAAUUGAGCCGCCGAAAAUGGAGCCAUUACCUCUCGCCCUACCAUCAGAGCCAAGCGGCCCCCUUCGCGUUGCGAGAGCAUACGAACGACCACGCCCGACACCUGACUGCCAACCACAAUUAGUUGAAGAAUAUAUAUUGGAAACUGAAAAGACGUCACCGCAUGCUGGAGCUGGAUUCUUCCAUAUAAAACUCAGUAUACUGCAGAGGCCAUCAGACCAGGAGUUCCUUGGGGAGCUCUAUGUUGAUAGAGAUCAUGUGGAGGGCGAGAAGAAUGGUGCGGCGUGUCGGUUUACGCUAGGUUCACGUCUCCAAGCAAACAAGUACAUACAACAGUUCACGGAGAUAUUUACCGAAGAAGGGCGUAAAUCUGUCAGAAUAAAACACAUUGUACCUGGACAGCUGCCUAGGGUGUCAUUCACGGGUGGCAUGAGGGAAAUUCAGCAAGGACAGCAACAGUUGCUGCUCCAGCAGCGGUCUGCGGCAGCGAGUAACGCCACGGUACAAACACAUGCCACUACGGUACCUGUUGUGACAUCGGCUAUAUCAACGCCAGCCGUUCAUCCGAAUACCAGACAACUACCGAUAUUGCAGGCGCAACUUCAGCAAGUUGCUGCAGUUGGCAAUGUUGGAAACGUCGCCACUGUUGGAACAGUUGUCGGGACUGUGGGCAACGUUGGCAACGUCGGCGCAGUCGGCACUGUUGUUGGAACUGUGGGAAGUGUUGGCACCGUCGUUGGCACUGUUGGUAAUGUUGCCACUGUGGUUGGCACCGUGGGUAACGUGACUACUGUGCCGGCGGUGGCCAGUGUACCUCCAGUGGCUGGGGUGGCAGUUGAAACGGCGCUCAAGCAACAGCCAUCACCAACGCCAAGAUUGUCACCGCAAGUCCAUGACAUACAUUCAACACAGGCAUCGACUAACCAGUUGCUGGCUCAGCAAUUAACGAAUCCGCCUCAACCGCUCAACCCGCAGAAGAUGCAGUCCGCCAUUAUUCACAUACAGCAUCCGUUGAUGUCUACAACUGGAACAUCACAAGUGCAAACAAUACAGUACACAACUGCGACGACGGCUCAACAAAAAGCAGCUGUCACAAAGCCGAGGUCAACGAAUCCAGCCAUCAAUGCUCUAGUCACGAGUCUCAUGAACUCCGCGCAGCAGUUCCAACAAGCUGCAAACCAAAACGCUGCGAAAUCGGUGGCAAGCACAGCAAGUAGUAACGCGACGAUACUGAAUCUGCUGAACAGCGCUCCGGCGGCCAUGACACAUGUGACGUCAUCGGCCGAUAACUCCCUCGAGCACAAGCUGUUGACACGAACAGUGUCCAUUGCGGGUGGCAGGCUCAUAGCCACAACUACGACUGCGCAUACGCUGCCUACGUACUCGCAUCAGGUGAGGGUAAUGAGCGGCUAUACACGCGACAGUGAUUCGACGAACGUGUCGAGUAGCGAGAGCGCGUUAUUGGAGAGGCUGAUGGGGGACGACUCGCAGACUCACACGCCUCAACAGCCCCAGCAGACUGCGCAACCCGUUUGUCAUUUGCAGGGCGUAAGUCUCGCGUCUCUCCAGACUUUACAAAGUCUACCAGGUCUGGCAGGGCUCCAGGGCGUGCAGAACGUUCAAGUCCAGAUCCCAGGUCUGUCAGCGCCCAUCUCCCUCUCACUGAACGUGUCCGGUGCCUCCAGUGGUUUACUGGUUUCGGUACCACCUACGACGUCAGUGGUACUGGCUAAUCAACCCUCGGUGUUAAGUUUGCCUAUAGCUCAGCUCAUGGCGUCAGGCGUAAAGGCAGGCGUAAGAGGCGGGACGGUUCAAGUGGUACGAGGGGCGCGCCCAGCCCGGCUUGCGCGACCCGUCACGAGGCCCACCUUACAGCCCGCGGGAACGGCCCAAUUCAUCACGCAACCACAGUCGCAGACGCUGAACGUACACCAAGUGCGGCGGAAGUCGAAUCCUGACAGCUCAUAGUAAAAACUUUUCACACACCACACUGCCAUUAGCUAAUUGUAAAUAUGUAUAUAUAUAUUUAGGACAGUGAUGCGUGUUAUGUGCAAUAUAUAUUUGUGUUUAUAUAUAAGAAAUAUGGAAGGAUAAACGGUUUUUUUAAUAGUCCAGUAAAUUUGGUCAAGCAUUGUUGGCUUCAGUGUGCGACUCCCAUCUUCGAGGUCGUAGGUUCGAUCCCUGCCUGUGCACCAAUGGACAUUCUAUGAGUAUUUAACAUCAAAAACUCGACGUCGUGUUCGGCACAGAAGGCUGAUCUACUUGCCUAUUAGAUUAACAAAACCUGAAACAGAUACUAAAAUCUGAGGUCCAGACCUAAAGACGAUGGAGCGCCACUGAUUUAUUUUUUUGUUAAAAUUUGUUCAAACCCGUACUUGGAACACGCUGGACUAUAUAUUUUAAUUCCAUAUUUCUUUAUACGAAAUCGCCGCAAGAGACUGACAAAUUAAUUUUGCUAUACUAUUUUAAGCUCCUUGACACUUAUGCUGUCAAAACAUUUGGUAGCACAGUUUGGAGUCCCAAGUUUGAUUUCCCGUAAACACUAAUGAAAAUAUGAAUUUUAGAUCAUUUAAAUUCAAUAUAAAAAUCAUGUUGGGCUUGCUUGUAGCAGGAACACAGUUAUUGACGUGGACUACAGAUAGAACCGUGUUUUAUUGCCAUUUCGGUUGCCAUCGGUUACGAAGUUUUCAUAGUAGACUACGUAUGCUUUUAUAAAACGUGGACUACAUUUUAUAAAAGCAUAUUCGUCUUCGUUAUAUAAAACACUGACUAAAGGCAGGACCGAGUUUGUUACCAUAGUUACUAUAUAAUAUAUAUAACUAUGGUAACAUUCUUGAUAAUAACAUAUUUUUAUUUUAAAAAGUGGUUACCAUGGCAACAAACAGUUCAGACAAUCUUUAGUCUACGUUUUAUGUAAGUCUUCAGUUUAAUUUUUGGAUUUAAAAAGUACGGACUAAAGAUAGCACCGAGUUUGUUACCAUAGUAAUGAUGUAACCAUUGUAACAUACUUACUACUACCAUAUUUUCAUAAAAGGAAUGGUAACCAUGGCAACAAACAGUACAAUCUCUAGUCCACAUUUUAUAAAAGCAUAAUUCGGUUUAAUUUUUGGGUUUAUAAAAGACGGACUAAAGACAGGACCGAAUUUAUUACCAUAGUAACGAUGUAACCAUACUUGGUACUACUAUAUUUACGUGAAAGGAAUAUUCAUGUCAAUAAACAUUAUAUAUAGUCCGCGUUUUAUAAUGAAGCUUUCGGUUGACAUUUGACUCGAAUAGUCUGUUAAAAGUAUUUUAUAUUAUUGACGUCACAAAGUUAUUGUCUAUAUAUAUAUAUAUUUAAAUAUUGUAAAAUAUACCUUAAGUCAAACAAAUAGGGACGCAUUUCCGUUUUAAUCGUAAAUUUUUCAUAAUUUCACGAACCAAAAUGACGUCACGUGACGUACAUAUUGCAUCUUGAUUUCGAAACUGUUAUUGAACAAAAAUACUAAAUUUUACAGGAGAAAGAAAAUUAACUAAAGAAAAUGAAAAGAGAGAAAAUAAAAAAGUAGGUUAUCAGAGAUAUUUUUGAGAUUAUUUGUUAAAUAGUAAAUUUUAUGGUGUGCAGUUAUAUAACUUAAGAGCAGUGUUGGCCUAGUGGCUUUAGCGUGCGACGCUCAUCCCUGAGGUUGUAGGUUCG